AAAACUAGAAAAACUCCUAGGAGCUCCCCUAGAUCUGACUGGCUCCUCCGGGCACAUUUUCUAAACUGAGUCUGGAAGCAAGGGGCAUAGAGGGAGGAGCCAGCCCACACUAUUAAACAAUUAAAGUGCCAGUGGCUCCCAAAGGACCUGUCUAUACCCCAUGGUACUAAAUGGACCACAGCAUCCUCUAGGACGUAAGAGAAAUUCCGUUAGCAACGAUUUCCGUUUGAACACACCCCACCCCAAUCUAACUCUCCGCGGAUCUACUACGAUAGACCGGCGCCAGGAUCCCGACCACCGGAAUGCCGGCAGCGGGGCAGACGUUGAAGAAACAUUAAAGAGGAUCCAGUGUCAGAAGGGUGUACAGGGAAUUAUUAUUGUUAACUCAGAAGGAAUUCCCAUUAAGAGCACAAUGGAUAAUACCACUACUGCACAGUAUGCUGGCCUCAUGCAUCAAUUGGCGAUAAAAGCCAGAAGCUCGGUACGGGAUAUAGACCCCCAGAAUGAUCUGACAUUCCUCAGGGUCCGUUCCAAGAAAAAUGAGAUUAUGAUUGCUCCAGAUAAAGACUACAUGUUAGUUGUCAUCCAGCAACCAUCAGAAUGAUCUCCUCAUGGGUAUUGGCAUUCCUUAUUUUUAUCUUCUUUAUUCUUCCAUGCAAUUUUGUUUUUGCCCUGGAGCUGCAGAGUGAACCCUCGGAUCCCACGUGACUGUUUUCGAGCAUCUAUGACUUGCCCUCCCGGGUGACCGCUCUAAGAGUAACAGUAUACGCCGAGCAAUGUUCUACGGUAUCAUGUUCUUCUAACCAGUCCUAUAUGAAAUAGCUGCACCUUACGGCUUGUUUGUUUUAUACAGACUAUAACAUUAAUAUACAAUGUUCUAAUAAAGUGCUUAUUAAGUGUCUGUAGUAGCCCUCAGUGCAUUGUAGUACUAUUUAAUUACAUUUUUUCCAACAAUUUCUCUACUGCACGGCUUUGCUAUUUCACCAGAUGAAGCAAGAGAGCUAAAUGUAAUAUUUAAAAUCUGAAUUAAAACUUCAGUUAUUGUA